GAAGGGACGCCAGCGAGAAGCCUGCAUCUUACCAACAAACUGACUACCUCUCCCUCCCUCACGCACCAGGGAAAGGCCCCUGGGAGCCCGGCUACGGGGCGGUUAUUCUUCUCAUCCCUGACCUCCCAGAGGCUGCAGCAGCUGAGCAGGACCUGAGGAGACUCCACAGGAGCCAUCUAGCAGCGGCAGGGGAGGCAGCAGUAGAGGGAGUCAGCUUCUGGAUCUCAGCUGGACCAGCUCCUGCAUGAUGCUGUUCCUCACGGUGCCGACCUUGGCAGCCCUGUGCUUCCUGCAGCUGCCCCUCAGCAGUGCCCAGGGCUGUCUGAGUAAGCGCCAGGUGCUGAGCACCAUUCGGCAGAUGCAGAAGCUGCUAUCUACCCAGGAGGCUGCCCAGCUGCAGGGGAUGAGAAACCUCAAGAAGCAACUCACUGUCCUGCAGAGCAGUGUUCACAAACAGGCCACCAAACGCAAUGACAGCUGCCCUCACCUGGCAGUGCCCAUGAAUGGCAGGAAGCUGGGCAGGAAAGCCCUGGUGGGGCACGAGGUGCACUUCCUGUGCGAUGCUGGCUUUCACCUGGUGGGCUCGGAGACGCGCACCUGCCUGGACAACCGGACAUGGAGUGGGCAGCAGCCCUUCUGCAAAAGUAUCAAUGACUGUGCUAGCAACCCCUGUGCCAAUGGCGGGACCUGUGUAGAUGGCAUUGAGCGCUACACCUGCCUGUGCCCCAGCGGCUGGUCAGGCAGCAACUGCCAGAGCCCAGUGUAUUCCUACUGGGUGACGCUCAGCAACUCCUCCUUCAGUCGGCAGCCCCGCUGUGCUGACAACCUGCUGGGCUCCCGCCAGUGCAGCUGUGACACAGGCUUCCAGAUGAAGGCCAGUGGCAUGUGCCAAGAUGUUGAUGAGUGCCAGUUGUUCCAGUCCAGCUGGCAGACCCGUAUCUGUGUUCACGACUGUGUCAACCUGCCGGGCUCCUACCGCUGCAUCUGCCCCCAGGGCUACCUGCUCAACACAGACUUGAAUACCUGCAAUGAUGUGGAUGAAUGCACCAACAGCCAGCACAACUGCAGCCGCGGUGAGAUCUGUGUGAAUGUCUUUGGAGGGUUCCGAUGCGUGCGCCCUGAGUGCCCCAAGCCUCGGCACAACACCAGCUACGUCAAGACCUCUGCCUUCCAGUGUGAGCGGAACCCCUGCCCCAUGGACAGCAAAGCCUGCCGCACUGCCGCCAACUCCAUCUCCUUCCACUACCUGCCUCUCCAGUCCAACCGCACCGUGCCCAGGGUCCUCUUCAAGAUGUCCACCACUCGCUUUGUGGGCGACAGCCUGAGAUUUGCCAUCACAGGUGGGAGAGGCCACAGCAUCUUUGCUGUACAGCGGUCUGACCGGCAGACCGGUGAGCUCAUCCUGACCAGCCCAGUGGCAGGGCCAGCUGUCCUGGAGGUGGAGCUAGAAAUGAGUGAGUUUGCCCGGAGGGUCCUUCUUGGGAAGCACAUCUUCAGGGUCAUGACCUUCAUCUCCCAGUAUGAGUUCUGAGCCCCUCCUGCCCUCCUUGCCUGACUAGCUAGUGAGGGUAGGAGGAGCACUGGACAUCCACCUCACAGCAGAAAUGGGGGCCUCCCUGUUAUCCACCCAAGCUGGCAGCUCCAGCCCAACAUCGGUGGAGGCGAUGCUAACUUUCUACCACAUUUCUUGGUUGGACCCAACUCAUUGGAGAUCCUGGUUCUUUGCUUGCCAAAGACCUCACCCUAAAGCUUGCUAAUUUCCUGCCCACUAGUGGUAAUGUUUACAUGUAAUUGCCUUGUGGAACAGUUCAGGGGGGCUGAUGGAAACAGCCCGGUCUGUUUUUGAGAGAGACAUGGGAACAGCCAGGGUCAAAGAGAGUGAAAAAGGGCCCUACUUGGGCAACCACACUGGCCCAGAGGUGAACCCGCUGCUGACAUCUGAACCUGCAGUGUCAUCACAUUUCAGACAGGAGCUGCCCUUACAUACUAAUGCUCCAGGUCUUUGCCUGCGCUUAUACACACACACACACACACACACACACAUCCCCCAGUGGUCAGGCACAGCAUUUAGGUAAGAAGGCACCUGCCCAGCAAGAGCACGUGGAGGGUACAGGGACAGCGACAGCAGGAUACACAUGGAGCAUGGGUUUUGCUUUUUAUCCAUAGAAACAAGUAAUAAAAUGAAUGUGUCUUCAAGAAGCCCCUUCUAGUCAUUUCUUCCCAACCCCUGCCCAGGAACCAGAGCUACUUCCUACCAGACUGGAAGGGAGGUAGAGAGCAUCCAUCUGAGGUAACCCAUUUCAGCACUGGGGACUGCCCAGGAGUGCUUCCUCUCUACCUUUUGACUGAUAGUCUAGGGUGCUGCUAGGC